AUCAGCAGUCACCACCACCGCCUAUAGUUCAACCACCGCAGCGAAACCCCCCAUUCGCAUUCCCAAUUCUCCCCAUCGCCGAUUUACACAAAAACAAAAGAAAAACAAAACCACCAAAAAAAAAAAAAAAAUGACAGAGGAGAGUGGCGCUAAGGUUUCUUCAUCCGAGGAUGUCUCACAAACAAGGCAAAGGAAGAAGAGAAAAUGGGAUCAACCUGCAGAGUCCUUUGUUUCAGCUGGUGUAGCGUUAUCUGGGGUCCUACCACUUGGCAACAUAGCCCUUGGUGGGAUUGCACUUCCUGGUGCAACUCCAGUCUCCAGUGCCCUUUUAAUGAAUCCACUUGUGGCUAGUUGUGCAACCAUACCCCAGGUGUUUCAGACAUCAUCUAUACAGCAACACACUGCCACCAUUGUCCCUAAACUAAAGAUUCAAGAUGAGUUAAUAGCCCGAGAAAUUGUAAUAAAUGAUGCUGAGUCUUCUGUUCGUUACAAGCUCACAAAACGGCAGACGCAGGAGGAGAUUCAAAAGUGCACAGGUGCUGUGGUUAUAACUAGGGGUAAGUACCGUCCACCAAAUGCACUGCCUGAUGGGGAAAAGCCAUUAUAUCUUCAUAUCUCUGCGGGAGCUCAUUUAAAAGAUACAGCUGAACGGAUACUAGCAGUUGAUCGUGCUGCUGCCAUGGUUGAAGAAAUGCUGAAGCAAGGUCAGAGUUUGCAGCCAGCUUCUUCCACUUUUCAUCUGGCUAUAAGCAAUGGAGUGAAGGCACUGAGCACAAUUGUGUUUUUGGGCUUUGAACCAGACCCAUCAUUGAACAUUGCUGCUCGUAUAUGUGGACCAAAUGACCAGUAUAUAAAUCACAUUAUGAAUGAAACAGGAGCAACUGUCUUACUAAGAGGACGUGGUUCGGGAAACAUUGAAAGCUCACAUGGAGAAGAAGGACAGCAACCACUGCAUUUAGUUUUGUCAAGCAAUAAUCCAAAAAGUCUUGAAGAUGCUAAGCGUUUGGCUGAAAAUUUGUUAGAUACAAUCAGUGUAGAGUGUGGUGCUUCCAGGGUUUCAUCAUGUAAGGUUUAUAGUGCUGUUCCACCCCCACAGCAGGUUUAUAGUGCCGUUCCUCCUCCACAGCAGUUAUUGGCUGGAGUUCAGAGUUCCGGGAAUGAACUAAAAGUAAAUACAAGUUCUGCUCCUGGUUUGACAUCUGCAACUAUGGGCUCUACACCAUCACCCCUGGUUUCCUCAGUUGGAGUCCCUGGGAUCCCUCCUGGUUUUCCUCAAGGACUAGUAUCGCAAUCUGGAGGAUAUUUGAACAAUGUGCAGUCUCAAGGAAAUGUAAUUGGCUAUCCCCAGCCUUUAGUAUCUAGUGGAACAAGCUACAAUGGAUAUGGUGGGAUAUAUCCUCAAGCCACUCCGUUACAACAAGUAGCCUUGGCCCUUAGGCAGUUGCCUUCUCCUGUCACCUCUACAAUUGCUCCUACAACUUCAGUACCAAGCAAAGAACCAAAGUUGAGUGGUAUCUCAGAUCCUGAGACAGAGAAACGGCCUCCACAGAAGCGGAAGUUUCAGGAACUACCAACUGGCUCAAAGUUCCCAGCAAAAACCUAUCAGGAUUUGGAAUUUUUAAAGCCAGCUGAACCAUCUGCAGAUUCAAGUGUGAGAAAUGUUUCAACUAUGCCGGCUCCAAAGAAGUUAGUCCAGUCAGCAUCCAAUGGAAUGCCAAUACCCCAACCGAGAACCAUGCCCCCACCACCUCCUCCACCAAAAUUUACUUCAUUGACACCUUCUGUUAAAUGGCAUGACAAGAACAAUAUUCUGAACAAAACAAAGCCCGAUUCUGUUCCUGAUACUUUGGUCGGGUUGAUGGAAUAUGGGGAGGAGGAUGACGACCCUGAGGAAAACUAUGAAGAACCACUUAGUGGCAACUCCAGUGCAGUAGCAGCUCGAAAGCCCUUCUGGGCCUUAUAGGUUAUAGGUCAUGUAAAUUGGUUGAUUGUUGGCAAUGAGAAGGAAUGAUAUGCUAGGCCGGUAUACCAGUCACCUGCCGUUUUGAAUUUACAUGCAGAGCAUGGUUUAGAUUUUCCGGAGUGGCCUGGUCUGAGGUGCAAGGACGUUCAGAUGCAGUGCUGCUUGUUGAUUAGCAAUUUGGAUCUGUAGAUAUGCUGCUCAUGCGUUUCAUUGGCGGCUGGGCAGGCAAUGGGAAGACCUAUGGUAUAUUAUUCACAAAUUGAGUAUAGGUGUACAUUAAUAGUAUUCCUUUGUUGAUAGGAAUAGUUUUUAAUUAAUUGGUCAUCUCACAUGAAUGAUAAAUUCCCCCUCCUCCACCUCCAUAUUCCUCUCUGACUCUUUGAAGCAGAUAUUUGAGUAGCAACUGAUAUUGAUGAAUCAUGAAGUAAUCUGCUCCUUUGUAUUUGCAAAAUGAGUGGUGAAAAAUUAGAGAGGGCUCUAGGUUGAGUUCUUGGGCUUGGCAUAA